AUGUUGUCUCUCGCUAGACAAUCAGUCUUUCGGACUGUACGUGCUACGCAGCGGCCGUCAACCUCGUUAUUCGCAUCCUCCACAUCCUCUUUUGCUGCACGACUUCUUUCGACACUCGCGAUCCUCGAACAAAAAGACGGCAAAUUGAACACGGGCUCCCUGGGCGCCGUGACGGCCGGCUUGAAGCUCGGCGGGCCCGUACACGGGAUUGUCGCGGGCAAGAAUGCAAAGUCGAUCGCUCAAGAGUCGGCGUCCAAAGUGAAGGGACUGGAAAAGGUGCUUGUGGCGGAGAACGAGGCCUACGAGCGUGGAUUGCCGGAGAACUGGGCGCCGUUGCUGGUGGAGAACAUCAAAAUGGGCGGGUAUACGCAUGUGAUUGCGGCGCAUUCGGCGUUUGGGAAGAGCUUGUUGCCUAGAGUCGCGGCGUUGUUGGAUGCGCAGCAGAUUUCGGAUGUUAUGAAGAUUGAGAGUGAAGACACCUUCGUUCGACCCAUCUACGCCGGAAACGCCAUCCUAACAGUCCAAAGCACCGACCCGAUCAAAUUUCUUACAGUGCGCCAAACUUCCUUCCCUGCCGCCGAGACGGAAGGCGGAUCCGCGGCAAUCGAAGACGCAGUCGACCCGAAAGCAGAGUCUCGCACCGAAUGGGUCUCUGAAAGUCUAGCCAAAUCCGACAGACCGGAACUGGCGUCAGCGGAAAAGGUUGUCUCAGGUGGCCGAGGCUUGAAGUCCAAGGAGGAGUUCGAUCGUCUUAUCCCGCCGUUGGCGGAUGCGUUGGGGGCUGCUAUCGGAGCGUCCAGAGCAGCUGUGGACAGUGGAUUCGCGGACAAUAGUUUGCAAGUGGGCCAGACGGGCAAGAAUGUCGCGCCCCAGCUUUACUUGGCCGUGGGUAUUUCGGGGGCUAUUCAGCAUUUGGCGGGUAUGAAGGACAGCAAGGUGAUUGCUUGCAUCAACAAGGAUCCCGAUGCGCCGAUUUUCCAGGUCGCUGAUGUUGGGUUGGUGGGCGAUUUGUUUGAGAAGGUUCCCGAGUUGACGGAGAAGUUGAAGGCCUAG